AGUCCACCCCUUAGAACUCCGAGCGCGCGUCGUCAUUGGAUCCAUUUGGCGUCUGCAGAUCGACGGUACUUUCAUAUUAUAUAUAAAUUAGCUUCUGCACCGUUGCACUCUGUCUUCCACCAUGAUCGAGGACCUGCAUUCUGCCAUUGUUCGCGUGCGAAUCGCCUCACUUCAGUCAGAAGUCUUGAGCAAAACCUCCAGCCGAGAAGUUGUUCGCCGCCGAAGCAGCAGCAAAGUAAAGCCAGUACACGUUGCCAAGGGCCGACUGCCAUUGUUCACGAAGCAGAGAUCCGUUCGGGUCGUUUCUUAAACACCUUACAUCAUGUCGCCGCACAAGCUUCCGGAGCAGGAGGAUGGCAAGCGGCAGUGGGUGAUGGGCACUGAAGCCUUUGAGAGGACCAUGCCUCAUCACCAGGGGAUCAAGGCCCUCUGGGAAACCAAAUGGAAGUUUCCGUGCACCAAGAGUGUGUAUCCUUUCCACGAUGGGCAGUAUGAGGACUUUGAGCCCAUCUUCGAACACCUAAUCAAGAACAACAUCAAUGACGGAAACUCCACCGCGUACACGGAAGCCUUCUUCCCCAUCGCUGAGUCCCUGACUUCCAAGGGCGACGAGGCGAUCAUGGCCGGCAACAAGAAGGAGGCAAGCGACCUAUACCUCAGAGCCUGCACAGUCUACCGCAUCGCCCGGUUCCCCUACAUCACGGCCUACCCUGAGAUUAGUUGCCAGGUUAAGUGGAAGGCGUGGGAAGCCCAAAAGCGCGCGUACAUGAAGGCGGCGCAAUCCUGGGAUUGUCCCAUUGACGAGAUCGACAUCCCUCACGCCCACGCCAAGGGCGCGGACUGGAAGUCCAUCCCGGCGUACGUGAGAGUGCCCCCGGGCGCGUCGCAGAGCAAGCCCAGCCCCGUCGUGAUUCUAAUGACGGGUCUCGACGGGUACCGCCCCGACAACACCGUCCGCUCCGACGAGUUCCUCGCCCGCGGGUGGGGAAGCGUCAUUGUCGAGAUCCCCGGCACGGCCGACUGCCCCGCCGAUUCGGCCGAUCCCGAGAGCCCCGACCGGCUGUGGAGCAGCGUGCUCGACUGGAUUGCCGCGGACGGCCGGUUCGACACCAGCCGGGUCAUGGUUUGGGGUCUCAGCUCGGGAGGGUACUACGCUAUUCGCAUCGCUCAUACCCACCGCGAGCGCUUGAUCGGAUCGAUUGCGCAGGGUGCCGGGUGCCAUUACUUCUUUGACCCCGAGUGGCUGGAGAAGGCUGACGGCCACGAGUAUCCGUUCCUUUUGACGCCUGCCAUGGCCAUGAAGCAUGGUUACAAAUCCGUGGAGGAAUACAAGGCGGGCGUGCAGAAGAAGUUUUCGCUGCUGGAGACUGGUAUCAUUGAGAAGCCCUCGACGCGUCUGCUGUUGAUCAACGGUACUCUGGACGGAUUGAUGCCUAUAGAGGACUCCAUGAUGCUGUUCGAGUACGGCACGCCCAAGGAGGCCAGGUUCUUCUCGGGGGCAUUGCAUAUGGGAUACCCCAUGGCCAACGGGUCGGUGUACCCCUGGAUGGAGAGCGUCAUGUCUAGCAAGAUCUAGGUCUGGUUGUUGUAAUGAAGUGUUCAUAUUAGCUGUAGUAACGCAGCAUGGCUCAUGAGAUUCAGAGCACUUGUUUCGUGACGAUGUUCCUGCAACA